AAAGCAAAACGAAAGACGACAUCUUGGCUUCUAGUUUGACUUCGCAGAUCCACGAAAGGUCGGCGGUCGCUCCGGCGCUUGGCGGCUAUGUGUAACAGCUGGGUGUUCGUGGCUCGACACCUACAUGGCCGCGCAUCCUGUCGAGGUGUCAGAUCCCUGCGACGAUUUCUACGUUCACGCCUGCGCCCGGCACGAUCGCUCCGUCUACGAAGAUGGCCGCGCCAGACUUAUGGAUGCCAUGGUGGAUGCCCUGCUGGAUCGAUCGCUGGUACUGACCACCCCAGGGGAUGGCGUUGUGGCCGGUGCCGGAGUAGCGCGUCGGAAUCAACACCGCGGUGACACACGCGAUGAGCACUUGGACAUGCUUAAGCUGUGCCUCAGUGGAGAUCAACCCACCGUCAGCACCAGCGACUUCGACAGUGACUGCGAGAAUACGUCACUGUUGGAGUGCCCGUCCCGUGCGCCGAUAGCGCUGGUCAAGGCGUCCGAGGAAUUCUUCAGCAGAAAGGUCAACGCUUCCAUACGCGACUAUGCCGGCUUUGUAAAAAGGGCGACUUUUUUACGAAAUGUUGGCAAGGCGAAGAGCAAACCUCCGUUCGGUUUUCGAGACCGUGGUCUGCGAUCGUCCUUGGUCUCCAAGGGGUGGUUCAGACGUGCCUGCCAGUGGGUUUCGCUCGCUGCGCGCUGCCACUUGCCGGACAACCUGGGCCGCUCAGACGCCGAUCUUCGCGCCUACCAGCGGGCCUGGAAAGCCCUUUAUUUUGCGCCUUUUCUGGGACCACAGGCAAAUCCUUUGCUGAGCCAUCUAUAUGGUGACGCUUCCGCACCACGCGUUCACGCUUGCCUGACCAUCAUGGCGGACGUCUUCGAAGACGCUGCGUUGACCGCAGCCAAGCAAGUCCUCGAACAGGCGGUAGACGAUCUCGAAAGAUCAGUGUCUCAGCUCGGUCGCGACGCACGCCUCGCUAUGCACGAGUUUACCCAAUACAUGAUGACCGAAGAAGCACCGGAUUUCGAGGAACUUGCUCUCCCUGGUGGUAUUUCAUCGCAAGAUAGAAACGAUGACCUUCAAGUCACCCUCGUGGACUCCUACUAUGGUUCUGCGAAAGAUAUGGACCUUUUCGCUUCCCAGGCUCGGUUAGUCGAGAGCAAUCGGCGACGCUUGCUCUUAGUUGCCCCGGGACUUCUGGGUCUGCUGGUGAAUGUUUCGUCCAGCGUGGAACCGUUCCUGGUGCCCGCUUUAGCGAAGCCGCUGCUGCGAGCCAUGCUCGCGGAUUGGAAACCGGAGGCACUCUCGCAGGCAGCACCGUCAGCGCGAAUUCUGGACAAGCUGUCGCGCUGCUUUACGACGUGGAUCAACGUCAGCGAGCCUUUGAGCGCCGAGGUGGCGGCUGAGGUCGUGAUCCUGGAGCCGCUAUUCCAGCUAUACAGAAAGAGGCUGGCCAAAUCUGUCGGAGACGACACCAUUCUGCACGCCAACCACACGAACCAGCAGCUUUUCUUUCACCUCUGGGCACACGGCCACUGCGGUAGUGCGGACGGGCGUGCUCUUGUCAACGUCGUGGCGAGGAACUCACCCCGAUUCGGCCGAGCUUUUCGAUGCCCGGCGUCCAAGGCGAUGGCGCACGAAGACACGUGUUCUCUCAAUAACCUAACGUAAUCGAAAGAACCGUGCUUCCUUGCUGUGUCUGGACGUGACUGAAGCGUGACAAGAGGAACAAUGGGGUGUGCGCUGCUGGAGCUAUCAUUUCUAGGUGACGUCACUUCUAGCGAUAAACGAGUAUGUUGUAAGAAGUUAAUAAAUUAUCUUAGCGUUAUCGGUAGAUUAUCGUUCUGUAUUGGGAUUUGUGGCACUAGAUUUA